AUGAAGCCCCGAUGCACGCGAUACGUUCAUGGUCUUAACCAGCAGCUCCCCACGAGAGGAUAAGCGGAUAACCCCAUCGCUUCCACCGGUCUAGCUCUACCAGCUCUCCUCGUCCAGCCAGAAACCAAGGCAGCCAUGGCGUCGCUAGCCCUGAGGCCCAUCAUGCCAGCCACCGCCACCGCCACGGCGGCAUCCACGACAACAACUCUCAACCCCGCCCGCCGCGGCAGCUCCACCCUCCUCCUCCUCCGUCGCCGGCAGCCAGUCACGUGCAUGGCGGAGAGCAGCGGCGGCGGCAACAGCACCGUGGAGCUGGCCGCGGGGGCGGCCGGGCUCGCGUCGUGCGCCACCGUGGCGUGGUCCCUCUACACGCUCAAGGCGACGGGCUGCGGCCUGCCGCCGGGCCCCGGCGGCUCGCUCGGCGCGGCGGAGGGCGUCAGCUACCUCGUGGUGGCGGGCAUCGUCGGCUGGUCGCUCACCACCAAGGUGCGCACCGGGUCGGGCCUCCCGGCAGGGCCCUACGGCCUCCUCGGCGCCGCCGAGGGCGUCGCGUACCUCACCGUCGUCGCCAUCGCCGCCGUGUUCGGGCUGCAGUUCUUCCAGCAGGGGUCGAUCCCGGGCCCGUUGCCGUCGGAGCAGUGCUUUGGCUAAGAAUGCAUGGCUGAUGCUGUGAAUCGUGUGAGACUCGAUCGAGUGCGUGUUCCUGGUUCAGUUUGUACUCUCGAAUCGGUUUGGCCAAGCAUUCUAAGCGUGUUCUUGAUCGUAUAA